AUGAGAAUACUCGUGGAACAUCACAGAAAUUAUUUCAGACCUGAGAGAAAAUGCACCAGAACAGAAGAAAACUACAGAGGUUACAUUGUCAUGUGGUAUUAUGUGGGAGUGGUCCUGAAUCUGAAUUCUGAUGGUGAACCAACCAGGUACUGCACAACUUCCCAGGGUGACUCAUCAUUACUGUCCAUCUACCCUGCGCAUUUUUCCUGUACCUCUCAUCAGUUCAGAGUGGCCUUGCUGGCAUGCCUGCAACUGGGGUCUGCCUACAGACUGGCCUGUUACUUCGCAAACUGGGCCCAGUACAGACCGGGAAUAGCAAAGUAUACCCCAGAUGAUGUGGACGCUUGCAUGUGCACUCAUCUGAUCUAUGCUUUUGCUGUUAUAAAUGACAAUAAAAUUGUUACCUUUGAAUGGAAUGAUGUGACCCUCUACAAAUCAUUUAAUGCACUGAAAACCAGGAAUGCAAACCUUAAAACUCUUCUCUCUGUUGGAGGCUGGAACUUUGGAACUCAAAAAUUUAGUGCUAUGGUUUCCACAGCUGCAAAUCGGCAAACAUUCAUAAAAUCGGCUAUCAGCUUCCUGCGUAAGUAUGGGUUUGAUGGUUUGGACAUAGACUGGGAGUAUCCUGGGUCAAGAGGAAGCCCAGCACAAGACAAGCAUCUCUUCACGGUCUUAACGCAGGAACUGCUAGCAGCUUUUGAAGCCGAAGGGAAAAGUACUGGGAGACCACGACUGUUACUUACAGCUGCAGUGGCAGCUGGACGCCCUACUAUUGAAACUGCCUAUGAGAUUCCUCAGCUGGGACAGUGAGCAUGAUUUUUCAAUGUGAUGACGUAUGAUUUCUAUGGACCUUGGAAUAGCUUCACUGGAGAAAAUCGUCCUCUUUAUGCUCUCCCUUCUGCUCAAGGCAGUAAUAAAUACUUCAAUGUGGUCUAUACCAUUAAAUACUGGAAGGAUAAUGGAGCUCCCGCAGAGAAACUGAAUGUUGGUUUCGCAGCUUAUGGUCACUCAUUCCGACUGAGUGCAUCAAGCACUGCUGUUGGUGCCCCAGCUAGUGGUGCUGGACCAGCUGGGUAUUAUACACAAGAAUCCGGUUUUCUGGCUUACUUUGAGAUCUGUCUCUUCUUAAAGGCUGCCACAGAAAAAUGGGAUUUUUCACAGAUGGUUCCUUAUGCCUAUAAAGGGAAUGAAUGGGUUGGAUAUGAUAACCCACAAAGCUAUGAAGACAAGAUUAAAUGGCUGAAGGAAAACAAAAUUGGGGGAGCGAUGGUAUGGACUCUUUCUCUGGACGACUUCAGUGGCACUUUCUGCCACCGGGGCUGUUAUCCUCUCAUCAGUAAAUUACACAAUGGUCUUGGAAUCAAUCCAGAAUGCGUGGCUUCCCCUCUUCCUAGCACUGCUGCUCCUCCUAAUCCCAAUACUGAUGCUCCUUCUGGGGGUAACUCAAAAUUUUGCUCUGGCAAAUCCAAUGGUUUUUAUCCAGACAAACAAAAUAAGAACAUCUAUUAUGACUGCGUUAAUGGAGUGACCUAUGUGAAUAAAUGUGCAACUGGAUUAGUCUUCGAUCCCUCCUGUGAUUGCUGCAACUGGUCUUGAAAUAAAAUAGGUAUAUGCACUGAGCUUAUACAACUAACAACACUGCUACAUGUGAUGUAUAUGUGCUACAUAUCAGCAACGUUUACUUGUAAAUUCAGAUGUUGCCAAAUGUCUCAGCAAUGUAAGGGUUUCCAGACCAAGAAAGGGACUGAGGUCCAAUCAACUUGCAUUCCUCAGCCUGGUUGUCAUGUAAAAUGCUCACAGAAUAGAAGGAAAUGUAUUGAUUCUGUGUCCAUUUGUAAUUUAGCUCGCUUCGUUCCUCACAUUUUCUGCUUCCUCCUGCAGCGUUUUCUCAUCCUUCAGGCUCCCACUUCCCUUUGGCAAGCUGCAAUUGCAAAAGCCUCUGUUGCCCUUUCAGACUGUGCAUUCCAAAUUGUAAUCACAUACUUUCUGUGGAAGGUGUUCCCCGUUUGGUCCUUCUGUCACUCACUUUAAAUCUGAGUCCUUGAAUCAGCUCCCAAAAGUCCGAAAAGCAAGGAAGAAACGUAUAGCUCCUUCCAUGGUCUCAGCAAAUGCUGAAGCAUUUUACAGCUAAUUGAGUACUUUUGAAGUGUGACGGAAGUUUUUAGGAAGAGAAUUAAGUAGUAAAAUAGAGCACAGUAAAUUCAGCUUAAACAGAAAUAUGUUAAUGAUCAGAUAAUCGACUUUUAUUUUAAAUGAUGUUGGCUGAAUAAUAAUAUUGGCCAAAACACAUGGAGGCAAAGUUGGACCAUGAGAGGCACUGCCCAUGGGAGAAAAACUGAGGCCAUGGUUACUUUGCCUUGUCUGAAAAAUUGCACCUCAGACUGUUGGAUUCUCUCAGCACUGCGCCAGAGUGUCACCAUAGAUUUUGCAUUCCAAUUCAUGUUAACUCGCAACCUAGCAGUCAAAAACAUUGCCAAUUGAGGUGAGCACAGUGUAGAUAAUAUUCAAAGUUUUUGACAAGAUUUAUAGCUCAGGUUGAGGAUGAGGUUGUAGACUUUCUCACCAAGCCAGUAUGUUUGAUGUCACCUUGCUAGGUAACAUCAUCAGUGCACCUC